GUCCACACUUACCUUUUUCUCUUUCCAUUUUUGUCGAAUUUCAGCUCUUUCUUCUCUUCAUCAGCUUUGAUUCUCCUUUGAAUCUAACUACAAAUCUCUCACAAUGAUCAUUCCUAAGAAAUGUUUGAUUUAACGUUAAUUUUUCUUCACUACUAGCUUACCCAGCUCUUCUUUAGCUUCUCUGCCGACAAUUAAUUAAACUUUCUCUUGGGUGAGAUCUCUCUAUCUCUCUUCUAUGACUAUGUUAAUCGGUCACUGGCUGGUUUAGGUUUCAAUCUUUACAGAUCUUGUGGCCGAACAAAAAAAGUUAAAAGAGGAAAAAUGGUGAGAGGAAAGAUAGAGAUGAAAAAAAUAGAAAACGCGACAAGUAGACAAGUGACUUUCUCAAAAAGAAGAAAUGGUUUGUUGAAGAAAGCUUAUGAGCUCUCCGUACUCUGCGAUGCUCAAGUCUCUCUCAUCGUCUUCUCUCAGAGAGGAAGGCUCUACGAAUUCUCUAGCUCUGGCAUGCAGAAUACUAUCGAACGUUACCGCAAGUACAAAAACGAUUAUGAAACCAGCUACCAGGACUCAGAAAUUUACAUCCAGCAAUUGAAGCAAGAAGCAAGCCACAUGAUCGCAAAGAUUGAACUCCUUGAGUUUCACAAGCGGAAGCUAUUGGGUCAAGAACUUUCUUCUUGUUCUCUACAAGAACUUCAAGAAAUUGAUUGUCAACUUCAAAGAAGUUUGGGCGAGGUUCGAGCAAGAAAGGCUCAGUUGUUCAAGGAGCAGUUAGAGAAGCUAAAAGCAAAGGAAAAACAACUGUUAGAAGAGAAUGUCCAGUUACAUCAAAAGAAUGUUAUAGAUUCAUGGAGAGGGUCGAUUGAUCAACAAAAGAAAUUCAGAGUUAUAGACCUGAAUUUGUAAGUAGCCAGAAAAUACCGCCAACAACAUCAUAUUGUAUGUUUAUUCAAUCAUGCAAACCUUAAAGUUCUUCGUAAAUCAUGUGGAAUGAUUUGUAAUAUUAUCUUAUGAUUGUAGUUCUUACACAGUUAAUAAGAGAAUAAUACCUAUAAUCGAUUUUUUCUUA